ACAGCGCGCGCGCGGGAGUUGGUUUGGCCGAAACUUCGGCGUUGAAAACCAUUGAAGCGCACAAUCGUCGUGGAGCUGAGCUGAGAGCCCAUAACUGUACACGUAUCAACUUUGGAAAGUCUGGUGUAUGCACUCCUCCUCAAAAUGUUGGGCUCUCGCAAGCCAAGCCAAAAUCUCGUCCUGAUUUCACUUGCCAUCAACCUCUGCUCGUCGAUCCUCAUCGUUUUCUUGAACAAAUGGCUGUAUCGGAAUUAUGGAUUCCCAAACAUCACUCUCACUUUUCUUCACUUUCUCAUGACGGGUCUCGGCCUGGCUGCGUGCCUGAGAUUGGGGUUGUUCAACAGGAAAAGCAUCCCCAUCAUGAAUGUGUUACCACUGAGCUUAACUUUCUGUGGAUUUGUGGUCUUUACGAACCUUUCUUUACAGAAUAACACCGUGGGCACGUACCAGUUAGCCAAGUCGAUGACGACACCUUGUAUUCUACUCAUCCAGACUAUACUUUAUCAGAAAACUUAUUCAACAAGAGUAAAACUGACAUUGAUUCCUAUAACAGUUGGAGUCAUUGUGAAUUCCUUCUUUGAUGUAAAGUUCAACGUGACAGGGACAGUUUUUGCGAUCGCUGGAGUUCUGGUAACAUCAGUGUACCAAGUGUGGGUAGGGAGGAAGCAAACUGAAUUCCAGGUGAACUCAAUGCAGCUGCUCUACUACCAAGCUCCUCUAUCAGCAUUCCUACUCCUCUUUAUCAUCCCGUUCCACGAGCCUAUCAUAGGAGAAGGGGGUUUGUUUAGCAGUUGGCCUCCACAAGUAUACGCUCUUGUAUUGGCAUCGUGCUGUGUGGCUUUCUCAGUAAACCUCUCUAUCUAUUGGAUCAUCGGAAAUACAUCUCCAAUAACCUACAAUAUGGUGGGGCAUGGAAAGUUUUGUCUGACCCUCCUUGGGGGUUACUUCCUGUUCCAAGAUCCUCUAGCGCUGAAUCAGCUCGGCGGCAUCGUUCUAACGCUCGGUGGGAUCGUCCUCUACACACACUUUAAAAUAAACGAACAAGAGCAAGAAAAGAAAACUAAAUCCCAUAGCAGUGAUGACUCGCAUCCAUCUAGGAGAAGUUUCUUACCAAGAUGAAAUCUGCUUCUCAUUCUUCAUGUUUCUUGACCUGUCUACAUAAAGAUAAGAGAUGAUAUCACCAGUCUUCUAUCUACCUCACAUCCCAUUUUCAAGAUUUCCUUUUCCAUUAUACUACGCAACCUGCAUCCCUUUGAACUACUUAAAUUGCUUUGUCUUUAGAGGAGAGGUUAUUUUUUUCGAAAGGCCAUUUUCAUAAUGUAACCAGAUUUAAUGCUUACGGCUCUGUAAAUUGCCUAAAUCAAAGAGUACCGAAAUGUGAGGUCAUAAUGUCAAUUUGUCAAGGUUGCUGGUUUCAAAAAAUUAUGUGCAAAUUGCAUGGAUUAGUUGUUGCUAGGUAGGAUUAACAUGCAAUAUAUACAUAUAUAUAUGCAAUUUACAUUCUGACUAUUGAGACACCAAUGUUUUCAAGAGGUGAAUGAAAUAAUUCAUAUCGAAUCACUAUACAAGGACGUAUGAAUUAAAUUGCUCACAUUAUGAAAAAUUGCCUAUUUUAAUUGUAGUUUCUCAUCCAUGAAAAGUCUACAGAGUUAUAACAAAAUACUUACUCUCAACUAAAUUGAAUAAACACUAGUAUUUGUUAGAAAAAUAUGUAAAUGUAUAGUGUAUUCUAAUCAGUUUGUGUCAAAUUCUCGGACAAUACUACCAUUCACUUGGUCAGCAAGAAGCUUACUCUUGACCUUGCAAACCUGUAUGAGUUUGGGAGAAGCAAUCAGAAAUGUCACUUUAAUUUUUUCCGCAAACAGGCUGUUUGAUUUUGUGGCUCACUGUUUGGAAUUUGCCUAAUGUAGUUACAUGUAUGUAAAACAUAUUUUUCGUUCAUUGUGCAUGCUUUGUCAAAAACUCAAACUUUGUUCAUAGAUAUCAUCUGAAAAUUUCACAUAUUUUCAACUUCAAUGGAACAGUACUUGAAAGCAAUAAUUUUAUCUGUCUAUCUGAUCAUAUAUUUGUAUCUGUUCUUCAUAUUUCUUUAAUGGCUAGAUCAUUGUCAUUUCCUUUAUUUUCAUGUAAUAUAUUUUUAGAGAGAUCAUACAUUAAUCAAUGUUUUAUACUUUAGCAAGCUGACUUAAUGGUGACAAUGUAUGGUAAUGUGAUGUUAUAUAAUUGAUCUGUGUUCUCCGCUUAAGCCAGGUCAGGUAUUGUACUGAUUAAAAGUUCUGUGGACUCACUUCAAGGCUUUCAGAUAAUUGACUCAAUUCUGCUGCUAUAUGCCUGUGACUUAUUGUAACUGAAGGUAAAAUACUUAGCCAAAAGAUGCAGCUGUUUAUUUUUUCACAGUAUUUUGUGUAAGCCCCAAAAGUGUGUAGUAUCAAGUAUUUGUGUGGCUAGUCAUGUGACUAGUAUUUCUGACUCAAGUAUGGAACUGAAUAUAUUGGCCCUGUAAGAUAUCAAUUGAAUGUAAACUUUGUCAAAGAUUCUUUUGGUAAUUUUACUAAAUAUACACUUCAGGAAGAUUUCAUAAUAUGAAGAGGGCACUUAUUAGUUCAGGAUGAGUAGUCAAUGUGAUUCGAAUUCAGGGUACAGUUCUCAUGACACGGUAAGAAAAUCUUGUGCAGGGUAAUUGUUAUUUUGAAAUAAUUUCCUGAUUUUGAAUGUUAAGGUACUAUUGUGACCACUAUUAAUUACCCAUUUAUACAACGUUUUAUAUAUAAAAUCAUUUCAAGUGAAAAGAUGAGCAUAUUUAAGCUUCUUACUCAGAAACAGAUGGAGAUAUGAAGAAAGAGAGUAUUUGGAGGAGAAAAGAUAUUUGAAUGAUAAAAGAUAACAUAAAAGAUAGGUUAAAGGAGAAGGGGUAUGAGUGUGAACAUGUGUGUGUGUGUGUGUGUGUAUGUGAUAAGUAUAUAGGGAGAGAGAAUCAGGCCGGGGGCUAAUGAGAUUUCAUGGGUUUGAAGGAAGGAUUAUAAAGAACCUUCUUGUCACAAAAUUUGGGAUAUUAUUUCAUCAUGUACAUUGUUUAUGUAUAAAAUGUACAAAAAUAAACGAUUGCAGCAACAUUCUUGUCCGUAAAAAACCUAAACUUUUGCCACUUAAUAAAUAUCAUGGUGACAAUUAAAACAGUCCUGUUGCAUAUUAGGUGUAGUCUCUGUGUGAGGAAAUUAGAAUAGUAAGGAUAAUCAUGGAACAAAUUAAUCUUCAUUUUGAUACAGAUCUUGAAUAUGGAAAUAUAUAUAUAAUAUUUCUUUUUGUAUUUAUAUAUCAUGCUCAAAUUCUGAGAUAACACGAUGGUCUACAAGGUGUUUAAACAUGUAGCAGAGACGGGUUUGAAGUUGUUAUUGAACACGAUUUGAAAAUCAGCUACAGGUUGAUAUUCGUUCUCAACAACAAUUAUCUAUGAAAUAUUAGUUAUAAAAUGUGUUUGACAAUGCUUUUUAAAAUGGCUCAGAUUGCACCAAAGUGUAUCUAAGAACCCUAGAGCCUUUGUGCAAGCUGUUGAGUCUGGUCACAAGGGACUUUGAGCUUCGCAUACACGUCAGUUCAUACUCUGUAUACACGUCCAAUUUGACAUGCUUAACAUUUUGUUUGAGGACCACCCUGGUGUUAUAUUGAUGCCUGUUUACCAUAUUUCAAAGUGAUGAAACAGAAACGAAUUUUAAGGGGAAAGUUCAAGUUUUAGAAAGUUUAAUAAAAUUACUUAUUUUUGCUUCCAUAUAUUUAAUUGAUAGCCCUCCUAGGGCAUAAAUUCACUCAGACAUCUAAUAGCACAAUAUGUGAGAUUUUAUAACAUUGUCCCCUUUUCUGAUCUACUUAAAUUAGUAAAUAAUCACGUAGCAUGAAAUAUUGGGCUCGCCCUUGUGAAUCUUUGCAUAUUUUACAUGUAUAAAUGCAGUUAUGCUAUGCAAUGAUUAUACAACAUAUGGGUAUCGAGUAACAAGGUUGUAAUGAAUAUUAACAGUAUUAAAAAGUGAAUACUCUUUGAAGACAA